UCAUGUCAUACUGACCUUAUCAUAGUCAUAGAACGUUGUUAUGUACAUAACUUCAGUCGCCAUUAAAUGACCAUGAAGUUUCUGACACUGAUGUGCGUCACGUGGUAUGUAGUCACCGGCAUAAGCGACAUCGCACCCACUCCUCCUAUGGGCUGGACGACACGGGGGCUGUACGACUGCCGCGUCAACUGUGCAGCCGGAUUGGAGACUUGCCUCAGCCAAACCAGGAUCAAGCAGAUGGCUGAUACCAUGGCAACAGAUGGAUAUCGCGACGCUGGCUACACGUACCUUCUCAUAGGGGACUGUUGGUCGGAGAAGAGGCGGAACACACAAGGGAGACUACUCUCCGACAGAAGCCGGUUCCCUGAUGGCAUCGCGUCACUGGCUCAAUAUCUCCAUUCCAAGAACUUGAAACUUGGACUUCACAUGGAUCUUGGGAUUAUAACCGAGAAUGGGUACCCGGGAUCAAAAGGUCACGUGGCUGCAGAUGUGGGUGACAUGGCAGCGUGGGGAGUAGACAUGAUCUACGUUGAUGGGGUUACUGAGGAUGUCAAGGAAUUGGAAACAAGCGCUAUAUUCCUCGACAAGUCCAUCAACUCCACUGGGUGGUCUCCCCUUGUUUCAUGUGGUUGGCCUGCACGACUUGUCCAUGCUAAUGUUACGCCUAAUUAUGACGUCAUCAAGGGCGUGUGCCACACGUUUCGGAGUACGAAGAGACUGAGUUACACCUCCACGUGGAACAGCAUCUAUUACACCUCACUCUUCUUCACACGUGACGAAUACAACAUCAGCAGCCACCAAGGGCAAGGUCGAUGGAACGAUUUGGGUCUGUUGUUGCUGGGAUCCAGUGGACUGCCGGAGACGUGCACACAUACUCAGCUGUCAUUCUGGGCCAUGCUCAACUCCCCUCUAUUUCUUGGUUCCGAUUUGCGCCACCUAGCGGCUGCUGACAAGGACAUCGUGCUGCGGAAGCCCAUCAUUGAGCUCGAUCAGGACACUCUCGACAACACCCCAUUGAUCAAAGCACAGUACGGACCGGAAGUGCAGGUGUGGCACCGUUUCCUGUCGUAUGCCGACCACGCAGUGCUCGUCGUAUCCUGGAGUCCCCCGGAAGUCAUCCCGCGGCCCAUAGUGACCAACCUCACACUUCUGGACGCGGGGGUCAAUUUGCAACCAGCUUAUAGUGUGCAGGAUCUACCCAGUGGUCAACCGAUUGGUCACUACUUCACUGAUGACGUCAUGAUGAUACACGGGGCACCUGUCACUAUCUUCCCAGCUGGGAACAUCCUGCUUAAGGCUGUCUCGGAGCACUAAACUUCAGAUCUGACGAUGUCAUUUUACGUGUAGCUCGUUUGGAAGUUGUGAAUAAACUCAUUUGCAUCAUGUCA